AUGCAAAACCUCAACAGUUCUUAUACUGAAGCACCACUUGUUGCUGUUUCUGAUGCAUUUAUCAAAGACAUUGUAUUUGUAUUUAAUUGUUUAAUUAUUCCAUUUGUUUGUGUGAUAGGCAUUGUGGGAAACAGCCUUACAAUUAUCAUUCUUGUUUACAACGGCAUAAAAGACACGACCAACGUUAUUUUAACAGCAUUGGCUGUUGCAGAUCUUCUCUUUUCUAUAACACAGUUAUGGUGUCAACUAAUUGACAUAGUGCGCAGGAUUGACAUAAUUGUAUUUUGCUAUGUAAACUCAUUUUUUGUUUCAUACUUCUUUGGAUGGAACCAAUACGCUGUGUGUAUGAGUGUUCAAAUGGCUGCUGUAAUAGCUGUCGAGAGGAUGAUAGCUGUGGUGUUUCCUUUUGCCGCCUCGAGAUUACUUACAACGUUUCGUAUUAAAUGUAUCGUGGUCGGUGUGUACAUUUUCUCAGGGCUAAUGUACGUGCCCAGAUCGUUUAUGUUUACCGUGGUGUGGGUGUUUAACAAAACAUUUAACAAAACGAUUCCAGAACUACAGUAUGGAGACUUCCUAAAGUAUCGUCUUUACGAGUACAACAUGUACAACACUGGUAUCAUCGCGACAUUUGCAGUCAUUAUCCCUACCGGAGCAAUAUUGAUCUCCACAUUUUCAAUCAUUGUUAAACUUACAGCUUCACACAGGAGUAUUAAGCACAUGUCUGCACAAUCCAAACGAAUUAAGAAC